ACACGUGAGCGCCUUUGAGCGCCGCAUCACUCCUUUGCAUUCGCAUGGGGGCGGGGGUUAUGGGACGAGGAAAAAGGGAGGCCCUCCUGUGAUGGCAGGGAAAGAUGGGAAGCUAGAGUCAAAAGGUGGAGACGUUAUUCGGCAGGGAUUCAUGAUAAAACGUUCGCAGAACAAGAAGCGCUUUACCCCGGUCAAUUACAAGCAACGAUGGUUUAUCCUGACCAAACAUUAUCUCAUUUACUACGACGGAGAUGGUGAGCGCCGCAAGGAACGCGGACGGAUCGCCGUGGAGAGCGUCCACGUGGUGGAGACGGCCAGCCUCGGGAAUGGUGGAGGUGCUGUCAGUGAUGUGGCGGGCGGCGGUGACGCCGCCGGCGGAGGAGGCGGCGGCGGCGGAAUACCAUCCGGACUGCCUUUCCAGGUGGGAUAUCGGGAAGCUGGUCAAGAGUACACCCUCUACCUCCUCGCCGCUCGCGAACAGGAUCGCGCCGAAUGGAUACGCGCUAUACGCGCUGUGUGCAGUGAGAAUUCGGGCUUGAGCGGACGUUAUCACGCGGGCCUAUGGAGCGGAAAACGUUGGUCCUGCUGCCGAUUAUCAACACGCUCCGCCGAAGGCUGCGACACUUGCAGCUCCUGGUCCUCGAAGCCAGCUACGAACGUUACAAAUCCGUCCUCGACGACAAUGUCAGCCUCGACAACAUCGACAACGUCCGUGCCCGGCAGCACCAAUACCAUUAACAAUACCAUUUCAACGACCAUCGUCACGUCCGAUCAUCGUUCACAAUCCAACGCCGAAGCGAAUAACAAUCCGAUCGUCCAAUCCCAGACUCGCUCAACAAUCGGAACGCCUUCGACUCCGAUAAUGCCAGGUGGUACACCCGGCACACCAUCCUCUAAAGCAAAGGAAAAGAUAAUGUUGCGGGCGAAAGUUGUGGUGGCUCUGUAUCCUUUUCGAGCCAUCGAAGGCGGCGAUUUGUCUCUUGAAAAGGGUGCAGAGUACGAGGUCUUGGACGAUUCCCAGGAGCAUUGGUGGAAAGUUAAGGACGAGAAUGGAUCGAUCGGCUAUAUUCCUAGCAACUACGUUAAAGAGAAGGAAUUAUUGGGACUGCAGAAAUACGAAUGGUACGUAGGUGAUAUGUCAAGACAACGCGCCGAGUCAUUGCUGAAACAAGAAGAUAAAGAGGGCUGUUUUGUCGUUCGUAACUCGUCGACGAAAGGGCUUUACACGCUCUCACUUUAUACGAAAGUGCCACAUCCCCACGUGAAGCAUUACCACAUCAAACAAAAUACCCGCGGAGAAUUUUACUUGUCGGAAAAGCAUUGCUGCGGCUCCAUUCCCGAUCUAGUUAAUUAUCAUAGACACAACAGCGGUGGUCUAGCCAGUCGAUUAAAGACCAGCCCCUGCGAUCGUCCUGUACCACCGACUGCUGGCCUCAGUCAUGACAAAUGGGAAAUCGACCCAGCGGAAUUACAUUUGCUGGAGGAGCUCGGGUCCGGGCAAUUUGGAGUCGUGCGGAGAGGAAAAUGGCGCGGCUCUAUCGAUGUCGCCGUGAAAAUGAUGAAAGAGGGAACCAUGUCCGAGGAUGAUUUUAUAGAAGAAGCUAAAGUAAUGACAAAACUGCAACAUCAAAACCUAGUCCAGCUAUACGGCGUUUGCAGUAAAGAUAGACCAAUAUAUAUUGUCACGGAAUACAUGCGACAUGGAUCUCUUCUCAACUACCUCCGCCGUCAUGAAACCUCAUUAGGUGCAAACGUUGGCCUCUUGUUAGAUAUGUGUAUACAGGUUUGCAAAGGAAUGGCAUAUUUAGAGAGGCACAACUAUAUACACAGGGAUCUUGCAGCACGUAAUUGUCUCGUGGGAUCGGAAAAUGUAGUAAAAGUUGCAGAUUUUGGUUUAGCUAGGUAUGUACUCGAUGAUCAGUAUACCAGUAGCGGUGGCACUAAAUUUCCUAUUAAAUGGGCGCCUCCGGAAGUUUUAAACUACACGCGCUUCAGUUCGAAAUCGGAUGUGUGGGCAUACGGAGUACUUAUGUGGGAAGUGUUUACGUGCGGAAAGAUGCCUUACGGUCGCUUAAAGAAUACGGAAGUCGUCGAGCGAGUGCAGCGAGGAAUUAUUUUGGAACGACCUAAAGCGUGUUUCAAGGAAGUGUAUGAGGUGAUGCGCAAAUGCUGGGCUCACUCUCCGGAAGUACGACCGUCCUUCCGCGUCCUGAAAGAGCAGCUGAUUAGCGUCUCCCAAGGAUUGGUCAACGAUUGA